AGUCUGAAGGGGUACAUCACGUAAUUCACGUGUUCUUCAACAUUUCCUCUCACGAAUCCGUGCUGUGAAACUAAUUGUACACGUCGGGCCCUCCAUCAACCAACCCUUCCACCAGUACCAGACCCCUGCUGCACACCAUCACCAUGUCUCUCCAAGGCAAGCUCCGCUGCCCAAAGCGAUUCAUUACGGCUCACGACCAGAGUGGCAAAGCCGUCGUUGACAACUCUGUGCCAUCUGACGCGCCCUUCUACGAACUCCCCAACAAGGACGCUGCCUUUGCCCAAUGCUAUGUCACUUCCGAGUUUCCUGUCGACUUGCAGGCGUCGGCAGAUUUGAACAAGUACCAACAAUUCUUGCAAAGCCCACCCGGCCUUACGGUCGGUAAUGGGACUGUCCUCCGCUACGUGGACAUGUGCCCGAGUCACACCUCCCCCAUGCAUCGGACCAUGAGCCUGGACUAUGGGGUUGUCCUGGAGGGCGAGGUCGAGCUGAUUCUGGAUUCCGGGGAGACGCGUCUGAUGAAGCGGGGCGAUAUCUGUGUGCAGAGGGCCACGAUGCAUGCCUGGAGGAACACAAGCGAGACGGAAUGGGCGCGUAUGCUUUACGUUCUUCAGCCGUCGAAGCCACUGGAGGUGGAUGGCAAGGUUCUGACGGAGGAUUAUGGUACCAUGAGCGGUGUCAAGCCAUCCGAAUAGAAGCUGGUUGUAUUCGCGGGCUUAAUACACAUUGACUACAUUGGAAAAGAUAAGCC